AGGCACGAGCUGCACGAGGACCAGGAGGAGGAGGAAGAUGAUGAUGAUGAUGAUGAUGGAAACGGAGACGACUCGGUCUCUCUGAUCUGGGAGAUGAGUGGCGGCGCGUGCGCGCGCGCGUGCCUUUUCCGUGGGCUCGGAAUGAUGAUGAUGAUGAUGAUGAUGCUGAUGCUGAUGCCGUUCGCGAGCGAGGAGGAGAGAAGGUGAAGAGGAGGAGGAGGAGGAGGAGGACGCCGCGCGGAGGGAGAGAAGAGGAGGAAGGCGCUCGUGCUCACCACCCGCCGCUGCCAAUGGAUCGCGCGAGCCUGCGAAUUUUCCACAACCAAUUGUCGAUUUGACAGCGCGGACGGACUCGCGCGCGAGGCGGCGAGUUGCGUGUGGAGCCAAAGAUCACACAGUGCUGGAUCUCAGAAGGACUUUAAGAGUGGACGGACCCUUGAGGGUGUAUGGAGCGCUCAAGGACGACGCAAGGACGGCCGGGGACUCGGGCCUGCCUCUGGUUGGGCCUUGUCUCCGUGGCGACAACCUUUAUGUGCACGGAGGCUCGGGCCUCGCCGACCUCCGACGCCCCUGGCAAUGUGACUUGUACGGACGUAUCAUCAAAAUGCAGGCCGGGCAUCAUUUUGCCCAUCUGGUACCCCGAAGACCCUUCCAUGGGCGACAAGAUCGCAAGGGUCAUUGUGUACUUUGUUGCCAUGAUCUAUAUGUUCUUGGGCGUUUCUAUCAUCGCCGACCGCUUCAUGGCAGCCAUCGAGGUUAUCACCUCUCAGGAGAAGGAGAUAGUGGUCAAAAGGCCCAAUGGGGAGACCACCACCACCACCAUACGAGUCUGGAAUGAGACUGUGUCCAACCUGACCCUGAUGGCUCUAGGAUCUUCUGCUCCGGAGAUCCUGCUGUCAGUCAUUGAAAUCUGCGGCCACGACUUCCACGCUGGCGAGCUUGGCCCGUCCACCAUCGUGGGCAGUGCGGCCUUCAACAUGUUCGUGAUCAUUGGCCUGUGUGUGUCGGUGAUUCCGGAUGGUGAGGUGCGCAAGGUGAAGCACCUUCGCGUCUUCUUCGUCACAGCUGCUUGGAGUGUCUUCGCAUACGUUUGGCUCUAUAUGAUCCUGGCCGUCUUCUCACCGAACGUUGUGCAGGUUUGGGAGGGCUUACUGACGUUAGCCUUCUUCCCCAUAUGUGUCUUGCUGGCCUGGGUGGCUGACAGGCGCUUGCUGUUCUACAAGUUUGCCCAAAAAAAGUACCGUGCUGACAAGCACCGUGGCGUCAUCAUCGAGACGGAAGGUGAACGCUCCAAAGGUGGCAUUGAGAUGGACGGCAAGAUGGUCAACUCGCACUUCAUGGAUGGCGCCAACAGCAACCUGAUAGGCUUGAUGGAAGGCAAAGAAAUGGACGAGUCUCGCAGGGACAUGAUCCGGAUCUUGAAGGACCUCAAGCAGAAGCAUCCAGAGAAGGAUCUAGAUCAGCUUGUGGAGAUGGCCAACUACUACGCCCUGUCACACCAACAGAAGAGCAGAGCCUUUUAUCGCAUCCAGGCAACGCGUAUGAUGACCGGCGCUGGGAAUAUCCUGAAGAAACACGUGGCAGAACAGGCUAAAAGGAGCACAAGUGUCCAGGAGGUUCAUGUUGAGGAGCCGGAGGACUUUGUGACGAGGAUUGCCUUUGAGCCGGCUACAUAUCAGUGCCUAGAGAACUGUGGUGCCGCCCUGCUGACCGUCGUGCGCAAAGGGGGCGACGUUGCCAAGACCAUCUAUGUGGAUUACAAGACAGAAGAUGGUUCAGCUAACGCUGGUGCGGAUUACGAGUUCACAGAGGGCACCGUGGUAUUUAAACCUGGCGAGGUAAUCAAAGAGAUCACCAUUGGCAUCAUCGAUGAUGACAUCUUCGAGGAGGACGAGCACUUCUUUGUGCGGUUGAGCAACGUCCGCAUUCUGGAGCUGGAGGACGAGGUGCUGUCGCCCAACAGCCUCCCGUACCCCAAGGCCGUGCUGGGAUUUCCCGCUGUUGCAACAGUGACUAUUCUCGAUGACGACCACGCUGGCAUCUUCACGUUCGAAAGCGAGUCCCUCCACAUAAGCGAGAGUGUGGGUGUCAUGGAAGUGAAGGUACUGCGGACAUCUGGAGCCAGGGGGACCGUCAUUGUGCCGUUCCGAACAGUGGAGGGACUUGCAAAGGGAGGCGGAGAGGACUUCGAGGACACGUACGGGGAGCUGGAGUUCAAAAACGAUGAGACCUGUAAAACCAUCCAGGUCAGAGUAAUUGACGAUGAGGAGUACGAGAAAAAUAAAAAUUUCUUCCUGGAGCUGGCCGAGCCUCGCAUGGUGGACAUGAGCCUGCAAAAAGACAUUCCUGACAGGAAGUUGUCCUCCGAGGAAGAGGAAGCGAGGAGAAUAGCUGAGAUGGGAAAGCCGAUCCUGGGAGAACACUCCAAACUGGAGGUCAUCAUAGAGGAGUCCUACGAGUUUAAGAGCACCGUGGACAAGCUGAUAAAGAAGACUAACCUGGCGCUGGUGGUCGGCACGAACUCGUGGAGAGAGCAGUUUAUGGAGGCCAUUACGGUCAGUGCAGGAGAUGAGGAUGAAGAUGACACAGGAGAGGAGCGCCUCCCGUCCUGUUUUGAUUAUGUCAUGCACUUUCUGACGGUUUUCUGGAAGGUUCUGUUUGCCUGUGUUCCUCCGACUGACUACUGGAACGGCUGGGCGUGUUUCGUCAUCUCCAUCAUCAUCAUCGGCCUUCUAACGGCCGUCAUCGGCGACCUGGCCAGCCACUUCGGCUGCACCAUUGGCCUGAAGGACUCGGUCACAGCCGUGGUGUUUGUGGCCCUCGGCACUUCUGUGCCAGACACCUUUGCCAGUAAAGUCGCGGCCGUCCAGGACACGUACGCAGACGCCUCCAUUGGUAACGUAACCGGUAGCAACGCCGUUAAUGUUUUCCUGGGCAUCGGAGUGGCCUGGUCCGUGGCUGCCAUCUACUGGCACAUGCAGGGCCGAGCGUUCGAGGUUCCGGCGGGCUCCCUGGCCUUCUCUGUCACACUCUUCACCAUCUUUGCCUUCCUGGCGGUGAGUGUGUUGCUGUACCGGCGGCGGGCGCAUAUCGGCGGGGAGCUGGGCGGCCCCCGCAGCCAUCGCAUCUUCACCACCCUCUUCUUCCUCAGCCUGUGGUUCCUCUACAUCCUCUUCUCCAGCCUGGAGGCCUACUGUCACAUACAGGGCUUCUGAAGAGGGAGGGAGAGAGGGAAGGAGAGAGAGGGAGGGAUGAAGAGAGGUUACAGGGCAAGAGAGAAGGAAAGAAAGGAGGGAUGGAGUGAAAGAGGAAGAAAGAACAGACAGGGGAGCGAAAGAGGAGGAGAGGUGGAGAUAUACGCUUCCUCUGCAGCAGAUGGAGCAGCAAAGAUGGAAGUAUCUCUCAGAGAUUUGAACAGAUUCUGCUGGACCAGACCAGACCUUACUGGACUGAACUGAACUGGACUGGACUGGACUGGACUGGACUGGGUGGACUGAACCAGACUGGAGUGGAUCAAGUUGGACUGGACUGGGCAGAACUGAAUGGGACAGGAUCAAGCAUUGAUGCAUUUGACUCAACCGGACUGGACUGGACUAAGAUGGACUGAACUACACCGGGUUGGACUAAGCUUAAUUUAACAGAAUGGACUGGACUAGGGCAAGUCGGACUGGACUGAGCCAGAUUUAGUUGGACUGAACCAGCAUGAACCCAACUAGACCUAACAGGACUGGAGUAGACCAGGCUGGGCUGGACUGGACUACAUUAGAUGGACUGCACUAAACCAGAUUUGAGGGAUCUGGAUCAAACAGGCCGAACAGGACUGGAUUGAAUCAAUCUGGACCGAGCCACGCUCGUUCGGACCAAACCGAACCAGCAUAAACAAGACUAGACUGGAUUGGACUGGAUCAGACCGGACUGGACUGGACUGAACCAGACUGGAGUUCUGCUUUGUGGACUGAACAGGUUAGUGAAGAGAAGAGGAGCUCUCGUCCCUUCAGAAAGCGUCCAGGUUCUCUCUUGUUCUCUCUUUUCCGCCGUUUCGGCGGCGUGUGCGGACGGGACACACCGAGCGCAGCCUGAGCUUUUCACAAUCUCUAUUUUUCUCACCAACCUGCUGAGAACGACUCUUUUCUAACGAAGUAUUUUGGGAAAAAAAUAGACGACAAAAAAAACUACAAAAAGAGCCAAGCAAAGAACUAUUUUCUGAUCUACGUAAAUGGAUAAGAAUACUAUUUCAUCAGAAAAAAGGAAAAAAAAGAAGAAAUAUAUAAUAAUUACUGGAAAUCUGUUAUCGAGUGACAUUGGGGUGGACGCAUAACGUCGUUUCUUUUUUUUGUUUGCUUCGUUUGCUUGAACUCACAAGCUUACAGCACACACACACACACACACACACACACACACACACACACACGCACACAGGCCACAGCGACGGCACGGGGAGAAUCAGAUCACACCCUCGGCGGAGGAAGAGAGGAGACGGAGGAGAAGAAAACAGGAGAAAACCACACGUUUCUCAAACACUGCAUUUCCUCUGUGACGGAUCAGCCCUGUAUGAUUUCACGCUGUAUGAUAUGAAGUGCGCUCGUGUUCAUUAUCUCUCCCGCAGCACCCCCCCCUCCUGAGCUCGGCACGGGAUAGACAGAGCAGACAGAAGGAGGGAAUGAAGGAGAAGUGAAGGGAAGGGUCACAGAGAGGUCGUUUACCAAAACAAGACAACCUGGGUCGUUUUUAUUUUCCUUUAUUAACUCACGAUUUCUUACAUCACCCUGUUACAGUGUGAACAUGCCCACCCCUUUAAUUAUAUAUUUUAUUUGCAUACACGUUUAUGUUUAUAUACAGUGAGGUCCACAUUGAGCAUGUACAGAGCCCCACUGGUGACAUCCUGUAUAAAUAAUGUGUGGCCACAAUUAGUGAGGCGUGGGAACAAGAUAAUUAAAUCGUGGCCAUGACUUAGUAAGGCAUGGAAACAGGAUCCUAAUGCG